AUGCUUUUGCUGCUGAGCCUCACCGCCUUCAUUUUAUUCCUGUUCCACGAGCUGUAUUGGAAACGCAGGCAUCUACCGCCAGGGCCUCUUCCGCUCCCGUUUGUCGGGAAUGUGCUAUCAGUGGUGGCCAAACCGCCCGGCUAUGAAACAUUCCGGCGUUGGCGGCGCGAGUUUGGGCCCGUGUUUACGUAUUGGUUAGGACCAAUUCCGGCCGUCGUAAUUGCCGAUUAUGACUUGAUGAAGGAGACGAUCAUCAAGGACGGAGACAAAUAUGCCGACCGUUUCAACACGUUUUUCACGCAGGAGUGGAGAGGAGGAAGGUACGGGAUUGUCGAUAAUUCUGGGGAUCCAUGGCGCGAGAUGCGGCGUUUUGCGCUGCACACGCUCCGCGAUUUUGGCAUGGGACGGAAUUUGAUGGAGGAGAAGAUCCUCUCCGAAGUAACAGCCCUUCACGAACGUCUGGCUAACCAGGGCGGCAAGCCGGUCGCCCCGCAAUGGGAAUUCGACCUGGCCGUCGGCUCGAUCAUCAACAACGUGCUGUUCGGGUAUCGAUUUGAAGAAGACAAACAGCUCGAAUUCGCCGAACUCCGCCGCCUGCUCAGCGAGCAAAUGAAGCUGCUGGCCACGGCGUCUGGCGGUUUGGUCAUCACCAGAUAUUGGUCGCGUUAUAUCCCCGGAAUUAGAGACGUUUACAAGCGGAUCAUGAACAACCGCGACCAGCUGUUCGGCUUCUUCAAUCAGCAGGUCCAGGCCAGGAAGAAGACGAUGGACUAUGAUUCGGAUAUCAGUAACGACCUUGUCGAGUGCUAUCUAAAGGAGCAGCACAAACACCAGGAUGAGCCAGAGUUUGGAUAUUACAGCGAGGCGCAGCUUGAGAAUGUCCUGAUGGAUCUAUGGGUGGCUGGUAUGGAAACGACGUCCAACACACUAAACUGGGGCAUCGCUUAUCUUCUGAAUGAGCCUGAAGUGCAGAAGAAAAUUCACGCCGAGCUGGACCGGGCCAUCAAGAGUGAUCGCACAAUUACGCUCGCCGACAAGCCGAACCUGAACUACAUCAAUGCGACGCUGAACGAGAUUCAACGCGUCGCCAACCUCCUGCCCCUAAAUUUGUUCCGAAAAACAACAGAAGACGUCGUAAUCGCGGGCCAUCCGGUUCCCAAGGACACCAUGGUUAUCCCGCAGAUUAGCGUCGUGCUGUUGGAUGAGAAGAUUUUCCCCGAACCCUACGCCUUCAAGCCGGAGCGCUUCUUGAAUGCGGAUGGGAGCUUGAAGAAGGUUGAGGAGCUGAUCCCGUUCUCCAUCGGCAAGCGACAGUGCCCGGGCGAGGGGCUGGCCAGGAUGGAGCUGUUCAUGUUCUUCGCCAACCUGCUGCAACGAUUCGAGGUCCAUUCUGAUGAGAAGCCUUGCCUCGAAAAGGAGAUGGGGAUCACGACUUCGAGUCGCCCUUAUAAAUGCUACUUUAGGGAAAGGAAA